UUUGAUCUCCGUGUUCUUGUUGUUGUUGUGGUCCGAGUAGUGUCAAGAGCACUACUUUUUUUCUUUUUUGGGGAUCCCUCUUUUCAAUUUUGAGUCUUGGUUUGUAGUUGGGUGCCUCUAGGAUCGGUUUCUUUAGAGCCACUAGCGACUGAUUUAUUUUUAGUCUUUUUUUUUUUCUGAUAAAUUUGGAGAGUUAAUUGUUGGUGCUAGUGAGAAUUAAGUAUAAUUGGUGAAUGCGAAUUCAUAAGAUGUAAUUUUGGUUCUUCUUAAAAAAAAAAAAGAUUCUGUUUUUAUUAUGGUGGAUUUGGUAAAUAGUUCAAACGCUUUUGAGUGCGCUUUUGACACCCUUCUUUGGAAAUCAUACACACAUUUUCGAAUUUUGGUAUAAUAAUAGUUCCGUCACACAGUUUAAUUCUUUGGUUUGGGCCGUCGCUGUUGCGUUCAACAUUAAUCUGUUAGAGGGAGACAAGAACAAACCAUUGGACAUUCCGAGUCAAUGCAUUUGGAAGUAGAUUGUGAAGCAAUGUUUCCUUCCUAGCAUUCAAAGUGUUUAUUUGAUUGCUAUAUUUCCAUCUCUAAUGGUUUAUUUGAACUUUUCUAGUCAUUCAACAUACUCAUUUAUAGCAUUGGAAUAAUAUCUGAGUGACAUCUGAGACCCAUUGUAUAUUCUAUUGCCGAUAGGAAACUUUAAAUGUUUUUAAAGAAAGGGAUGAACACCCAGUGCCAAUGUCGUGCUGAUGCAUGCUGAGAUAAGGGGUCCAUGCCGGUGCCAUGCACCAUUAUACCAAGUUUUGACACAACACAUGCUGCGUGCCUUAUCCUCGUGGCCAAGUGUUGGCACCAUAGGAUAGCGUGGCAUAAUAAAAUGCAAGGAAACCGUGAGGCAUCCUUUGGAUGCCUCAAGGCAAAUGCUUCUCAAGGAAGUGGCAAUUCGAUCGAAGGGUUUCCUGAGCCCAAAGAUGAAAAAGUUAAUUAUUCAGGUGAUAGUAUCAAAUCGGGUAAUCCAAUGAUAUGGGAGGCUUCUCCACCUCCAAAUCAAGGCUACCCUCGACCCUUCUACAGACAAGAGAUUUUAACAUGGCCAUACAUCUAUCCUGACUAUCAAGUUCUUCGUCAAAGCCAACCACAUGCAGUUGAGAACCAUUUUUAUCACAUGAAUCGGGAUUACAGUUUUCCUGUUGAGAAUCGAAUUCAAUAUGUACCAUACAAGCUGUUCUCUCAAGAAUAUCCCCAUGAUGUACAACUUCAGGAGUUUCAAUAUUUUGUGGUUAUCGACUUUGAAGCAACGUGUGACAAGGACACAAAUCCUCAUCCGCAGGAGAUCAUUGAAUUUCCAUCUGUUUUAGUCAACAGUGUUACUGGACAACUUGAAGCAUCCUUUCAAACUUAUGUGCGGCCUGCAUAUCAUCAACUUCUCACUGAUUUUUGCAAGGAGCUCACUGGUAUCCAGCAGAUUCAGGUGGACAGAGGUGUUUCCCUGAGCGAAGCUCUGCUUAUGCAUGAUAAGUGGUUGGAGGACAAAGGGAUUAAGCACAAGAACUUUGCUGUGGUGACUUGGUCUAAUUGGGAUUGUCGUGUAAUGUUGGAGUCAGAAUGCAGAUUCAAAAGGAUUAGGAAGCCUCCCUACUUCAAUAGGUGGAUCAACUUAAAGGUCCCAUUCCAGGAGGUAUUUGGCGGCAUGCGCUGCAAUCUAAAGGAGGCGGUCCAGCUGGCGGGCUUGGCAUGGGAGGGCCGUGCACACUGCGGCCUCGACGACGCGCGCAACACCGCUCGCCUCCUUGCCCUCCUCAUGCACCGCGGCUUCAAAUUCUCCAUCACCAAUUCUCUCAUGACCGACCCAUCCAUCCGCCCGUUAACAACCCAUCAGCCGAUCCCGGACCGUCCAUCCGACCCGAACCAUUACCAAACCCUAAAGCCGAAAGAUCUGGUGGCGCCCCCUGUCCAGUUCCAUCCGCUCAUGGAUCCCGUGGGGAAGGAUAGGCACAUGUACUGCUUCUGCGGCGUGCUGAGCAGCCGCUGCGUGGUUCGCAAACCCGGACCCACCCAGGGGCGCUGCUUCUUCGGGUGCGGCAACUGGACGACUGCAAGGCGGGCGCUCUGUAACUACUUCGUGUGGGCAUCACCAUAAAAGAUCUCUAGGAUCUGGUCUCUCUGGCGAUCUGCACAAGAAUCGGUGAGGUACUGCAAAACCGCCGGAGGGAAUAAGUUAAAUAGGUGCUUGGGUGAUCUUUCGUCGUAUAUAUUAUAUAUAAGUAUAUAUAGAUAGAGCUCUUUGCUCAUGUGGGAAUGGAAGAUCUCUAGGUAGUGUCUAAAGCUGUGAUACUGACUUCUUGUUUGAUAGAAGAGAAUGGGGAUCAGAUGCUGCUUAGGAUACAUUGACCUCUAAAUAAUCUCUCAGUUGUGGACCUUUUUUUUUUUUUUUUUUUUUUUUUUUUUAUAAACCCUUCUUCUUCAUCUUCUUCUUAACUUUGUCUAAUGGAGGCUUGCUUUGUGCAAUUAUGGUUUCUGCUACUAAACAAGCAAAGUUGUCUCUGAGGAUGAAGAUGAAAUGAAUUGGAGAAUGGAAUUGGAGAAUGGACAACAUAUGGAGUAGUAAACUUUAGCUGCUGAUUCUUAGUGUAUCAUAUCUUAAAGAUCUAGAUAUUUGUAGUUGAAUUAUACCACCAUCUGUUUCUUUUUA